AUGGACGCUCGUAGCCCGCCGCCCCACGCCAAGGAAAUCAUCGCCUCGUGCCUUGCCUCCUACCGUGCUCUCCUCGACCGCGUCGACGCCAAGAUCAAGGCCGUCGCUCGCCUCGAACAACGACCGCCCGCCUCCAUCCAAACCAAGAUGGACCUCCGACUGUCGUCUGCCCUGCUCGCCGCGUCCCCCGAUGUAGCCGCCGGGCUGCAAGCCCAAUUUGCCGCCGGUCUCGCCCAACGCUCCGCCGACCUCCACGCAAUUGUGCUGCACGCCGCCCAGGCCGAACUCCAGCAGCUCCGCGCUGCCACGAACGCCUGCGUGCCCAACGCCGUCGCCGAACUCAAGACCUACUUCGAGACGUGUUCCGCAGCGGCCUCCAACGUCACUGUUCCCCAUAGCGUGCCCCACCCACCGCCCGCUGGCGCCAACCCCCCCGAUCCCAACGGACCCGUCCAACCACACGGUCCCGCCGAUCCCAUGGGGCCCGCCGAUUCCUCGCCCCCCCACCAAGCACGAGCUGCCCACACGGAUAGUCUCCGUGUGUUGUGCGCCGGAGGGCUGGAUAUCAAUUUAAUAUUUUACAAUGACUAUGUCUUGUCUGUUGAAUUCCUGAACUCCGCUUGCACCAAGCUCCACUACCAACGCCUCCUGGCAGCCACCGCCGCCGAAGCGAAAGCCGCCAAGAAAGCCGCCGCGAAAACCGCCGCCGAAGCCAUGGAAGUCGACCUCCCAAAUGACCUCCUCGUGGCCCAGCUCGUGAAGCGUGAGAUCGGGAAAUCAACGGCGGUGUUGCGCAAGGAGCUUAACCAACUUCGUGCGAGUUUAAAAGCCGCCACCAGUCGCCCAGGGGGCCCGACUGGUAUGAACAACAAGACGUCAAGCCCCCCCCCACCACGAGGUGGCGAAAAUCCCCGCGGUGGUCCCGCAGGGUCAAAGUACAACAAGAACAAGAACGGGAACGACAACGGACGCGCCGCCAAGCCCGCCGCAGCCGCCAAGGACUCCCCAAGCAAGCCCAAGAAAGCCCGGAAGAUCAUGCAAACCGCCAAGAAGCCCAAGUCCUCCAAGAAGACCUCCGCGUAG